AUGGAAGGUUCGCAGAGUUCAAUAGUGAGGGUGCCGGCGAGGUGCACAGCAGAGACGCAAACGUCGCGGGCCACGGUUGCGUUCGAGAUCGCUGGCUACAGCCUUCACAAGGGCCUCGGUAGAGGCAAAUACCUCCGUUCUCCGGCAUUCUCCGUCGGCGGCUACGAAUGGUGCAUCCGCUACUACCCCGACGGAAGCCCAGACGAGGCGAGCGAAGGUUACGUCUCUGUCUUCCUCAAGCUCUUGACCAAGAACGCCGAGGUGAGGGCGACCUACAAUUUGAUGCUUGUGGAGCCGGUUAAGGGGCAGUCGACUGUGGUGCCCUCCUCCGAAGAGCCACAAGUGUUCGACCGUGAAAGGCCAUCCUGGGGCUUGCGGAGGUUCAUGAAGACCACUGCUGAAGUAGAGUGGGCGAACCUGUGGAACGAUUGUCUCGUGAUCGAGUGUGAGGUCACUGUUAUCAAGGAAACAUUUGAUGUCCAUGUGCCGCCCUCUGACCUUUCGGAUAAUCUUGCAACAUUGCUAGAGGGGAAGAAAGGAGCGGACGUGACAUUUAAGGUUCAAGGGGAGGUAUUUUCUGCUCAUAAGAUUUUGCUUGCGAUGCGAUCACCGGUCUUCGAAGCAGAGUUCUAUGGGCCGCUGGGGAACAAGGGGGCGCAGAACGGGCAUGAUUGGCUGGCAGACAAAAAUUGGCAAGCCAACAUUUGGCAUUUCCAACAAGUGACAGCUCUAAAACUUGCCAAAAUUUUGCUAGUUUUAAGAGGUUGGCUAGGUGCCAACCAAUUGCUAGACAAAAUUUUGGUUUGCUUACCUAUUGGCAACCCAAAUUUUGGCAGCAAACCAAGCAGCCUUGACAUAACAAUUGAUGACAUGCAGCCUGCUGUUUUCAGCGCAUUUCUUCACUUCAUCUACACAGAUUCAAUGCCUUCCAUGAGAGAUCUUGAGGAUGAUGACAAAAUAGAAAUGGUUAAGCACUUACUCGUGGCUGCAGAUAAGUAUGGGAUGGAAAGGAUGAAGAGGAUAUGUGAAGGCAUGCUAUGCAAGAGUCUUGAUGUUGAGACUGUGGCUGCCAUAUUAGCUCUAGCUGACCAGCACCAUUGCAGCAACCUCAAAGAUGCUUGCAUCGAAUUUAUGCUCUCUUCGAAUAGAAUGAAUGAUGUGAUGGCAAGCCAAGGGUAUGCACACCUCAAAAGAUAUUCUCCUGAUGUCAUUGUAGAUGUGUUUGAGAGAGCAGCUAGGUCCUGCAAAAUUUAGUACGCCUACCUGGUAUAAGCUGCUGCUUAUCCUUCAGUCUCGGUAGAUCUUUGGAGGUGGAUGCUUAUGUUGGGUUCGAGAAGGCAAUUAAGUCUUGCUAAAUUCAGCACGCUCAUUUUCUAUCUAGUUAUUUUUGGCACAUAUAGCCACCUGAGAUGAGGUUGCCAUGUCUUUCAGUUUCCAGAGAUCUUUUGGAGGAACCGAGUUGGUCCUAUAAAAUGUAUGUUUCUGUUGUAUUGGUUGUCCUGUCUGAUAUAAGUAUAGAUGAAUCUAUGGUAGCUCACCUAGUUGCCUUUUUU